AAUAAAAACAUAUCAAUGUUACUCCAAUCAGAGUUAAGUUCGAAUGAACUUAAUAUAAUGGAAAUAGAACUCAUUAAUGUGCCUCAUUUGAUAGAAAAAAUAUCUCAAAAUAUGUUUGAUGAAAGUGAUAUUGAAGAAUAUAGUGAUGCUUC